UAUAUAUAUUUGUCAUGCUUAUUGUCAAUAAUAUUUGUUACCAAUGUUGUGUGAGUGAAUUCAUUAGUUCAUUAUUGAAUUGCUUUUUAACAUUAUGAUCUUAAACACAACUCGGGUUUACGUCUAAGCUCGACUGCUUGUGCAGUAGCACCACCAUGUGGCGAAAGAACAAAAUGGUCAGCACGACAACCACUCAGAAAUAAUGGAGUGCAAACUAACUGUACGGCAGCUACUCAACAAUUAUGAUUGACUGGCAAAAGAAAGCCAAUGGGAUCAUGUCAUAUAUUCACGACACAAACAUUUUUUCUUUUUAAUACUAUACUGUACCAAUGACAGCGUCCUUAAUGUUUUGCUGCUGGUGGGACUUCCAUCAGAUACAAUUGCAUUAAUCUAAUGAAACAAAGUUAUGACCUUUGCAAACGUUGAUUUAUUCCACUAAAUCCAACCCAAGUCCACUUUUGAAAAUAUAUUGUCCUCUUGUUGUAAUUGGCUGAGAGAUGGAAGAGUGACGUCCAAGCCUUUUGAGAGGGUGAGUGAUGCUCCAUAAAGCAGCUCCAUCAAAUCAGUAUUCUCAAGCUUGACAGUUUAAUGCUGGAGCUGAUUUCACCCAACAAACGCUUCAAACUCCUCCCCUCCAUGCUGGCUGCAGCGUUCCAGGUUAUUUUGCAGCUCAAAGUGCGGCACUAUAGGGGAAACGGCAGCCUCGUGAGAUUAUGCUGCCCUUACAAGGUGUACAUGUGUCAAUCACAAAGUUACUGAUGGAGGAUUUUCAUUGAUGACAUAUGGAUGGGAAAGUAUCUCAGGAUGUUGAUGGCUCCUCAGGUAAGUUGCUAAUAGUUUUUACUGAAUUGAACUUUGUUUCUCUUUGAAAUUGUAAUCCAUGGAUUUUUGCAUUUUGUAACAUAUUUUUAAUACUGAAGUCACUUUCCCUAUGUUAUAAUUAAGAAUAGACAUAAUUUGUGUAUCAACAAAUACAUUCUUGGCUAUCACUCAGUUUUCAAAUAAACAUGGCCGUUCUUAAUUAUCAACUGACUAUACGUAUUCAGCAGUAUUAUCAGUAGCCAUUGUACACUGUAUCAUUGACAACGUCAGUGAUAUUAUAGGCGGACUAUUGUCGAUAGAAAAGUAUCAUUAAUGCCUAGACUUAAAGUUCAUGACAAUCCCAUCACUUUACCAUGCUUGCUUAUUAUACUUCAUGUAAAUAUCUAAACGAUAGAAGAACUUGAUCUCUCUAAAAAGCAUCUUCUGGACACUAUGAACUUCUUGAGUUGAUUGCACACCACUGAGUACAGUAAAUAAUUCAUUCUUGUCAUCGCUUAAACUUAUGCUGUUAAAUUGCAGAACCUUUGGAGAGAAAACAAUAGAUGAAAUUCAAUCUAUUAGUUUUAAUUUAUUCAUGAACUGAGAAUGAAUGUAACAUACAACAGACAUGCAAAAUCGUCAUCUUAUUUUCCAUGUCCAUAAGAGAAAAAUAGAGUGGUCAUCCCAGUAUAUAUUAAAAAAAUAAAAAUGGCUCCACUUAAAUGUUUGCAGAAUAAUAAGGGACAAUUUUUCAUGUGUAUAAAUAUCAUUGAAGAGCCACAGAGCAUGACAGCCAUUGACUUUAAUGAGCUGCUUUUGAAUGCUUGCACGCAUGCAUGCAGGCAAGCAGGCUGCAACUACAAUUUGUUGUUACUGUACAGAUCAUCGCAGCCUCAGGCACACAUACGCAAAAAUGUCAACACUGUGAUCAUGUUCUGAUAGCUAAUAGGACAAUGUUUACAUCAAUGAACAUCUAUGAGCCCGAAGCCUCGUUUAGCUGUUUGCCAUCAUCAAAACGCGUGUUAACCCCUAACAGGGCAUUUGUUGACCUGAAAUUUAUUGACCUAUAUCAGAGUCCUCCUCCAUCAUUUAAAGCCUAACUCUGCACAGAGGCGGGUUAAACCCAAUAUUGGUAAUUUUGCAGGUAACCAUAGGCAGGUGAAUCUGCGUGAGGGAGGGCUGCGCCGGUGUGGGAGUAUCAGAGCCAAUAAAAGAAUGAUCCAGAGAGUUUGAUGCCUGCUCCUAAUAAAUUUAUGAAUGAAAUACAACGCUUUAGAUCAACUGUCUACCCUUGUGUACAUUACAAGGACUUGAUAUUAUUUUCCUAGUAAUUCCUUUUUCCAUUUGUAAUACUUUCAUAGAUGCACAUGAAAUUCAAUUACUAUGUCAAGAUUUUUGAAGUAAGAAAGCAAAUGUUUUUGAUUUCAGCAUGCGGCAGCAACUUAAAUAUACAAUUAUGAAAUGGCAUCUUAAUUUUUCUGUAAAGCACUGCUAACUUUAAAAGACGCCUUCUGAUUUGAUAGAAAUUGUUUUGGGCUUUUAGCAAGCACUAAUGCAGGCUGUUUAAGAGCUGUUUAGGUGCAUGCUGACUCUGAGAGGCCCUGUUGUCAUGGACAUGCCUUAUUGAAAUACAUUGCUGGAUGCACACACACACACGUGCAUACACACACCCUUUACCUAAUAUUUAUGUAUCUGAUGAUAGCCUUUAUUUUAUUAUUUAGUAGUUCUAUUGUAAUAAUGACAUUUUUCUCAGUGUAUGGUCACAUCAUAUUUUACUUUUUUUAAUUUUUUUAACUCACUCGCUAGUGGAACAUGAUACACUUUUUCUUUAACUGAGCAGUGUUGUGACAUUGCACUGUCUCUUUGAAUAAAUAAUCAGCCAGGCAGGAAGUUCAACUAGGAAGCACCUGCUCAUAUAUCGAUCUUAUCUAAUGUCUCCAUGCCUUCUGAAAUGUUUAAUGACAGUUUUUCACUCAGUGAGUGCAGUCAUAUUAGACUGAAACACUCUCCCUCAUAUUUGACCACUUGCCAAAAGAUCUAGCAUCUCUAGUUGCACUUUGCCAAUCAGUGCUGGUGCAAUAAUCUUCAUUAAUGGCAGCCAAAUCCCACAGGGUUGAUGAAAUAUGCUUAUUCAGGUGGGGGAAAUGCUUUGGUGUGCCGGUAAUGAUUGUUGAUGCUGUCAUGGGCAAAAUUCAUUGUUCCACUAGCGUGUACACCAGCCUGUCUGCCCGCUGGCUUUUUUCUUAUGGGGCGCCAUCAAGGUGACGUGAUGUAGGCUGCAGUCCAACCUGUGCAUGGCGAUUCAUCAGUGAGUCAUGAUGUUUGGAAACAAAGGGCGGCCCGCAUUGCUUCCUGUUGUUUACACCGAAGCCAACGGACAUCAACCCCUUCAUGAAUGAGGAUCAUGUCAUCAGGACACUUGCAUGUGGGUACCCCUGCUGGCCAACUGGGCAUGCCGCUCCUCUGCUGGCCUCAGCCAGUCAGCCUCCUGGAGCUCGUCGGCUGCCCACACCCACUCUGGAGACACCACCCAAAGCGAGCAGACCUCAGGCAUGCACACCAGCAUCAGCGAGAUCCUGAAGGAGAAAAGUCUAAAGCCGUCCCGCCGCAGUUUGCCCUGCCUGGCCCAGAGUCAGACCCAUCCCAUCAACCUCAACCACUUCCUGUCUGUGCCUCUGAGCCCGGAGCCCAAAGCCCAAGCGGAGGUUCUGAGUCAGAGCAUUAGCACCUCCUGCAGCCUCCUGCCGCCGCAGACAGCAGAGGAUGGUAAGGAUGACUACACGGAGGAGUCGGAAGCAACUCCUCCAUGUGAAACCAGAACAGACGGGUCACUUUUGCCCCGAAAAGCCAGCACACGGGCUAAGCUGGAGGCCCGCACAGAUUCCGUCAAGAGCAGGAAUCCAUCAGAUGCAUCUGGACUCUUCUUCCGGGAUGGGAAAAAGCGCAUUGACUACAUCCUGGUUUAUAGAAAGUCCAGUCCGCUGGUAGAGAAGAGAUGCACCUUUGAGAAGAAUUUACGUGCUCAGGGCCUAAUGCUGGAAAAGGAGCCUUCCUUGACGAACAAUGACAUCAUGUUCGUCAAAGUCCACACUCCCUGGGACACACUUUGCAAAUAUGCAGAGCAGAUGAACAUCCGGAUGCCUUUCAGAAGGAAAAAAUCCCACUUUACAGACUGGAAAAGCAAAACCUUGGGCAGCCGCUUUCAUCUGAGAUGUCGGCAGAUCAAGAGCUGGCUUCCCAGAAAUCCCAUGAAGCUGGACAAGGAAGCACUGCCUGACCUGGAGGAGACCGACUGCUACACUGCCCCCUUCAGUCGAGCACGCAUGCAUCACUUCACUAUCAACAACAGAGAGAGCUUCUUUUCCAACUCGACCAGAAGCAGAAUCGUCCACCAUGUCCUGCAGCGCACUAAGUAUGAGGAUGGAAAGUUAAAAAUAGGUAUCAACCGAUUAUUGGGCAACAACACGUACGAGGCUGCCUUCCCUCCACACGAGGGUGGAUACAAAAGCCGACAUCCCAUCAAGACACAUGGUGCCCAGAACCACAGGCACCUUCUUUAUGAGCGCUGGGCUCGUUGGGGGAUCUGGUACAAAUACCAACCUCUGGACCUCAUCAGACGCUACUUCGGAGAGAAAAUCGGUCUUUACUUUGCGUGGUUGGGCUGGUACACCGGCAUGCUGAUCCCCGCUGCUCUGGUUGGCGUCUUUGUCUUCCUCUACGGACUCUUCACCAUGGACUCCAGCCAAGUCAGCAAAGAAAUUUGCGAAGCAACCACAAUCACGAUGUGUCCAAUGUGUGAGGAGACCUGCAAGCCGUGGAGGCUGAGUGACAGCUGCGUUUAUGCAAAGGUGACCCAUCUGUUUGAUAACGGUGGCACCGUUUUCUUCGCUAUCUUCAUGGCUAUCUGGGCCACUGUCUUCUUGGAAUUCUGGAAACGGAGGAGAGCCGAACUGACUUACGACUGGGAUCUCAUUGACUGGGAGGAGGAGGAGGAGGAGCUCCGGCCCCAGUUUGAAGCCAAAUAUUCCAGAGUGGAGCGGGUCAAUCCCGUAUCUGGAAAGCCCGAGCCUUUCCAGCCUCUCUCAGACAAGCUCAGCCGGCUCAUGGUAUCUGUGUCCGGAAUAUUCUUCAUGAUUUCGCUGGUCCUGACAGCCGUGUUUGCCGUGGUAGUUUUCCGUCUGAUUGCCAUGGAGAAGUUUGCAUCAUUCAACUGGCAUUUUGUAAAGAAGAACUGGCAGUUUGCCACCUCUGGCACUGGCGUCUGCAUCAACUUCAUGAUCAUCAUGUCUCUCAACGUGGUGUAUGAAAAAGUGGCCUAUCUGCUGACAAAUUUAGAACAUCCAAGGACAGAAUCUGAAUGGGAGAACAGUUUUGCUCUCAAGAUGUUCCUCUUCCAAUUCGUAAACUUGAACAGUUCCACCUUUUACAUUGCAUUCUUCUUGGGAAGGUUUGCCGGCAGGCCUGGAAAAUACAAUAAACUCUUUAAUCGGUGGCGACUGGAGGAGUGUCACCCGAGUGGCUGUUUGAUUGAUCUGUGCCUGCAAAUGGGCGUCAUUAUGUUCUUCAAACAAAUCUGGAAUAACUUCAUGGAGCUUGGUUAUCCUUUGCUGCAGAACUGGUGGUCUCGUAGGAAGAUGAAGAAAGGUGGUGGCGCUGCAGGGCAGAAUGUGGAGAAUAAAAGUCAGCUACCUCAGUGGGAUAAAGACUGGAAUCUGCAGCCCAUGAACGCACACGGUCUCGUGGACGAGUACCUAGAAAUGGUCCUCCAGUUUGGCUUCACUACCAUCUUCGUAGCAGCGUUUCCGUUGGCUCCGCUCCUGGCUUUGCUCAACAACAUCAUCGAGAUCCGUCUGGACGCUUACAAAUUUGUCACCCAGUGGAGGAGACCCAUGCCUGCCCGGGCCACAGACAUCGGUAUCUGGCACGGGAUCCUUGAAGGUAUCGGCGUGCUCGCUGUCAUCACCAACGCCUUUGUCAUCGCCAUCACCUCAGACUACAUCCCUCGAUUUGUAUAUGCCUUCAAAUAUGGCCCCUGCAUGGACAGGGCGUACCGCCAUGACGACAAGUGUUUGCGAGGGUACAUGAAUAGCAGCCUUUCUGUUUUUGAUAUGAGUGUGCUGAAUAACAGCAGCGAGCCGGAAUACUGUUGGUAUCGAGACUACAGAGCCCCACCCUGGAGCAAGGUGCCCUACGAGUUCACUCUGCAGUUCUGGCACGUCCUGGCUGCCAGACUGGCCUUCAUCAUUGUCUUUGAGCACCUGGUGUUUGGCAUCAAGUCCUUCAUUGCGUACCUCAUUCCGGACAUGCCCAAGGACCUUUGUGACCGAAUGCGCAGAGAAAAGUACCUCAUGCAGGAGAUGAUGUACGAGGCGGAGCUGGAGCACCUGCAGAAGGAGCGCAAGAAGAACGGACUGCGUUAUCACCACGAGUGGCCUUAACUUUUCAACCCCCUCUCACGUGUCCAGCCAACGUCUAUUUCACCUUCGGCAGAUUCACCAAAGACUUCCCAUGUGACACCCCCGCCACUUUAAAGCUGCUUCAUCGCGAAUACUCCCUCCCUCGCCAUCUGUUGCCGAGUUGGCGCCGCCCUCGUGUUCCGACACCCUUCCCGAUCCAUCACCUGGCUUCCUGCGGCAGCAUCUCCCGCCACCCCCCUCCCCCUCCUCCUCCCUUCUGCUGCAUCUCGUGGCCUCACUACCACUGUAAUGUUUACUAUGCAGGAGAAGGGCUGCAGCGGUUCACUUGGUCAGCCAUCUUGCACCCUUCUCUUUCCGUGUGGCAGCUAGCACCUCGUCUGCUUAGACUCGCUGCAUGUUUUUCGUUUUCUUCGCCGAGCGUUAGCAGUUCCUGCUCGUUUCCAAACGGGACGGACGAGGUUCCUGCAAAGCGACUGUAAACGGCCCUCUAAGCAUGCUGAAUACUCUUUGUGGCAAGAUGUAAAAAAGCAACAGCACUCAUCAUGGAGAAUUGUCUACAGCAGCCUAGAAAGUGCAUGGUAGUGUUGUUGUUGUAUCCCUACUCGGUGCCUGGUUUGUUUGUUUGUUGUGCUAAUGCCUACCGAGCUCGACUGCCUUGAGUUUGCAGGAUGUGAAUUUUUAGCGAUAUGAUUGUGCCUACAGUUGUGCGUCGACAUCACGUGUGCCUGUUUGUGCUGCACGUGCGCUUUCAAGUGCAACAAGUCUUCUCUUAACGCGUUCUGCUCCUGAGCGUUUUUUGUUUUGGACGAGAGUCACACACUUAGGUAGCCGCUGUGGUCUAAUGGCUCUGAAACAACAACGUCCGUUGAAACGUAACUGCGACGUAUGCACGCAGGAGCCGCAAAUCUGCUUUUCCCCUCGUUCUACGCUCAUGGCCUGUUUUUCAUUUGUUAUUGGAAGGGCUGGAGUAUGGUUGAAACUUGGAUCGUUUUGGACAUACCUGUGGCUUGGAUGUUCACUGCACAAAGAACAUCGAUCCGCUGCCACAGGAAAAAAAAAAAGAAAAGCACUUAGACAUUUCUUCUCGAGUAAAGAAUGCCAGCCAAGUGCAGUUUUAACUCCGCUGUGAUGCUAAUUGUUUCGAAAUUUGGUCGGUUCAAAGGAAAGCCGCCUGGCAUUGUCUUUGCUCAUUCAUGACUUGGAAAAUCAGAGUGGCACAUUUUGAGGCCAAACCACAUGCACUCAAUUACAACGUAAAAUAUACUGUCAAAUUUCCAGUCAAAAUACGUCCGGAUACUUACUUUCUUUUUUUUUUUAACUCUUUUGUUUUAAUCUGGAAGGGGAAAAAAAGAUUUUAAUGUUAUCACAGAUGCAAGAACAAACACCAGGCCAGUCCAACAAUAUUAUUGUUGCUUUAAAUCCUUUUCUAUCCCGCUAUUAUUUCUUGUGUUAUGGGUAAUAACUUUCCAUUUUGAUUGGAAACAAGACAAGUAUAUUUGUUUGACCUUUACCUCAAAGUGUGGAAUGAAAGCUGCAUUGAAAUGGUCAAAAAAGAGAUAUUUUUAAGACCUCAGUUUGCGUUCUAAAUUUUCCACAUUUACACGAAACAAACAAAGAAUAAAAAUAAAAUAUUCUAUCACUGAUGUUGGGGGAAAAAAAUUCUACGAUUCAUUUUUUCUAAGUAAUCCAAUUAUGUUGCCAUUCUAUGUGUAUAUAUGGUUCAGGAUUUAUUUAUUCAUUUUUCUGUUAAUUUAUUUUUGCUGUUUGUACUCACUCACCAAUGUCUUGUUUGCAUUUCUCAGGUGUCCUCUGAAUGCUUGCUGAUGAUUGUUUUCAAUCACAUUUUCUACAAAACAAUCAAAUGGUGAAUAUGCAAUGAUGCAUCCACCUACAUGAUGUGUUUUGGGUUUAGUGAGGUAAUCCUAAUCAUGCAUAUUCAUUCUGACAUUUAAUCACCUCUAAAAAACAUUGACAAAAAACAGAUUGCUUUCAUUGUAUUCUAUCAGAAAAUGUCAUUUAAAAUAUUUUUCCCGCUAGUGACUGACUAAUUGUUCGGAAGCUACUUCGGGUUCCCUGCUAUGUGAAGAUUGAAAAUCUAUGCAUGUUGUAAUUCUUGUACAGUCCAAUUUGCAUGGUUUAGUGCCUCCUUUUGGCAGCGCUAACAUCAAUAAGUUUAUCUUAAACAUAUCACAAACACAUUUCAGUACUGAGGAUUUUAGAAAGCCCGGGCCAGACACGUAUUUCGUGGAGGAAGUGAAUUUUAUACAAUGUGGCUAUUUUCUAGAUUUAAAAAAAAAAAACUAUGAUUUUCAGUUAUUCUAACUGUUCAAGAAUAAGUUUGGUAAAUUGAAACCAUCUUAAAUUAAUUGUUUAUAUUGGUUUUCUGUCUCCCCCCAAACAAUCAUGGCUGAGCUCCCUAACACAAGUAUGAAGUCGGCACAGUGAAAGAAACGUUUUCCUAAUGCCUCCUACUGCUGUUGGCAAUAGCACAAUGUGAGUAUUGUAAUGAUUCGUAAUAACAGCUUGACAUUGCACUCUCUGAAAACUUGGAGUGGAAUUUAUUUGAGAAGUGGAUGCACAGAAACAAAAGUAUUAGGGCAGACAUUUUGUUGAGCGGUGACUUGAGUGUAUUAGUAACAUGGUUUACUUGGUUCUUGUUUACAUGUAAAAAAAAAAGAUCUAUAUAAAUAUUGAAAUGUAGAAAAAAACAAUGUAAAAUAAGAAAAUUUGGAUAUCACUCUUUUCUGUAAUAAAUCAUGGAUUGUAUCUUUUAAAUUUCAA